AUGACGAAAGAACCUAAAAAAGAAGAAGGGAAGAAAAGCUUUAGCCUGAAAGGAGACGAAUCAAAGAAAAACAGUAAGACACUUAUCGAAGAGCGACCACCAGAUGAAUGGGAUGAAGGACUCGAAAUGAAGGAAGAAACCUAUACGACGUUGGCAGAAGGACAAGUAGGCGGAAAUUGGAAUGAUUACAAAGAAGAAUCAGAAGACGAAAUGUACGACUAUGGGUAUUCGCAUAACUACCACCUUGGAGCUGAGGAAGUCUGGUGGGACCUAACAGAGGAAGAAGAAUAUGGGAUAAAGGAAAGAGAGUGCUUGUACUUGCUGGAAAACAUCCUGGCUGAACCCGAAAGUGAAAAAGACCCUUAUAACUGCCUCACUGAACCUUCAAGGAGCAAAGACUAA